CGUUACACAUUGCAUAUUUGAAGCCGUUGUUUGCUGGUAAUUUGUGGUUUGUUCAUGCUUAUACAAGGGAGAGGUUGUGCUGGGGGAGGAGGACAAAGCUGCUUUAUUGCUCAUAAGUUUAUCAGAUAGUGUAGUGCAGACCCUUGUUUUACAGCAUCUGCUAGUGUCAGUCUGACUACACCCCUAUGGAUCUGCAUGUGUGUGUUUUCCGUAUGUUGGAGACAAUGAAGUGGCUGUAUGUAUGCACAAUAAUUCUGGCAUUAAGUAAGGUGUGUGCUUGUUCUAAUGCUGAGCACAAGUUAUAUACAACCUUGUUUGAAAACUACAACCCAUACAUUCGACCAGUGGAAAACGUAUCCGAUCCUGUAAUCGUGCAGUUUGAGGUGUCAAUGUCCCAGCUUGUCAAAGUGGAUGAAGUUAAUCAGAUCAUGGAAACCAACCUUUGGCUGAAACACAUAUGGAAUGACUACAAGCUGAAAUGGGAGCCAAGUCGGUAUGGAGGAAUUGAGUUCAUACGAAUACCAUCUUCAAAAAUAUGGAGGCCAGAUAUCGUUUUGUAUAACAAUGCGAUUGGAGUCUUUCAAGUCGAUGACAAAGCCAAGGCCAUAUUAAAGUAUACAGGAGAUAUAACCUGGAUCCCUCCAUCUAUAUUCAAGAGUUCUUGCUGGAUAGAUGUGACAUACUUCCCCUUUGACUACCAGAACUGCACCAUGAAGUUUGGUUCCUGGACAUAUGAUAAAGCCAAAAUUGAUCUCGUUAUGAUUGGCUCUGAAAUGAACCUGGAAGACACUUGGGAGAGUGGAGAAUGGGUAAUUAUCAGUGCCCCAGGAUACAAGCAUGAAAUCAAAUACAACUGUUGUGUAGAAAUUUACCAGGAUAUUACAUACUACUUAUAUAUCAGACGUCUCCCAUUGUUCUACACUAUUUACAUUAUUAUCCCUUGCCUUCUCAUCUCUUGUUUGACCAUCCUAGUUUUCUACUUACCCUCAGACUGCGGAGAGAAAGUCACACUGUGUAUGUCUGUUCUUUUAUCACUGACUGUAUUUCUCUUGGUAAUUACUGAAAUCAUCCCUUCAACAUCCCUGGUGAUCCCUCUGAUUGGAGAAUACCUACUUUUCACAAUGAUAUUUGUAACCCUCUCUAUUGUUAUAACUGUGUUUGUGUUAAAUGUUCACUACAGAACUCCCAAAACACAUACAAUGCCUAGCUGGGUCAAGAAAAUAUUCUUGGAACACCUCCCCAAAAUAAUGUUCAUGUCAAGACCAUCUAAAGAAGAAAGAAGUGCGCUAAAGUCACUCAUGAAUUCGGACAUCUUCAACGUGACCAGCAUCUGUAGCUCUGAGAAUAGAAGCUGCAAUGACCAAGUGUUUUGUCAGGACAGUUCGUGUCCAUGUGGACAGAUGAAGCGAUUGUAUACCUCAGACACUGGAUGUAACCUUACUCGAGAAUCCAGCCUAGAGUCUAUCGACAAUCUGUUGACAAAAUCCUUGUUAUCCCUAGAAAUGAGAGAAGCUUUAGAAAAUGUACAUUUUAUUGCGGAGAACAUGAGGAUGCAAAACGAAGCUAAAGAGAUUCAGAAUGACUGGAAAUAUGUCGCUAUGGUCAUUGAUCGUAUCUUCCUCUGGGUUUUUGUACUGGUCUGCAUCCUGGGCACAGCUGGACUUUUCUUGCAGCCCCUGAUAUUUGGAGAAUAAAGAAGAGCUGUUAUUCCAUGUAUAUAUUGAAAAGGAUGUUCAUGUUUCUAUAUGUAAAGGAAAGGGAGUUUAAUAAGACACGUGGCCACUCACUAAAAUUAGAAGAAAAGAGGUUUAACCUUAAACUACAUA